UGAUGGAGGGCUCUGUCCUCAUACUUCCUGAGAAGCUUAUACUUAUGAGUGUCAGUCAUCCUGCUAAUGUGCAUUAAAAGGAGGCCAGCGGGGCUGAGGCUGUGUCAGCAUGAUGGCCCCCAAAGAGACCACCCUCCUCUGUCUUGUGCUCUGUCUGGGCCAGAGGAUUCAGGCACAGGAAGAGAAGGAAAGGAAUGGCUUCCCCAUGGCGGGCCACCUGAGUCUGGGCUUUUUCUUCUUCCAGGGGACUUCCCCAUGCCUCUCAUAUUUGCCAGAUCAAGUCCUGUGGUUCCCCGGCAUGGAUCUGCGAAAAUCCAGUGCCAGAGCAGUCCUGAAUCUUUCCUGACCCAGCUGGUGAUCCAAAAAAACUCCACGUACAAGGAGGUAGACAGGAAACUGGGGUUUUUGAACGAGAGUGAGUUCAUCGUUGACCACAUGGACACAAACACGGCAGGGCGCUAUCACUGCCGGUACAGGAGAGGCUUCACCUGGUCACAGUACAGUAACGCCCUGGAGCUGGUGGUGACAGGCUUGUAUGACAAACCCCUCCUCUCUGCAGAUCGGGGUCGUGUGGUGAGGCCGGGAGGGAAUAUUUCCUUCACGUGUACCUCGGCACACCUCCCAUUUGAUAGAUUUUCACUGGCCAAGGAGGGAGAACUUUCUCUGCCACAGCACCAAAGUGGGGAACACCCGGCCAACUUCUCUCUGGGUCCUCUGGACGUCAAUGUCUCAGGGAGCUACAGGUGCUAUGGUUGGUACAGCAGCAGUCCCUACGUGUGGUCCGCCCCCAGUAAUGCCCUGGAGCUUGUGGUCACAGACUCUGUGAGCCAAGAUUACACGGUGCAGAACCUGAUCCGCAUGGCCGUGGCAGGACUGGUCCUCAUGGCUCUCUUGGCCAUACUGGCUGAAAAUUGGCACAGCCCUAGGGCGUUAGGCAAGGAAGCCUCGGCUGACGUGGCUGAACUGAGCUGGAGCAAACAGAAAUGUCAGACAGAAUCAACCUUUGGACAAACACCACGUGUCUGCAAGUGAACACCUGGAUGUGAAGGAGAGACGACUCGUGACUUGUGGAGUCCUACGAAGCACCUGAAGGACACGGGAGAAGAGCACAUUAACAAGCAUGAAUCUGGCCGGGCGCGGUGGCUCAAGCCUGUAAUCCCAGCACU